AUGAACGCGGUCUCCUCUCUCUCUCGCUCCUCCUCGUUGACGAGGUCCAUCUCUCUCACCUCCACGCAUGACUGGGAGGGCUGGAUCGGCGUGCAGGAUGACAAUGAGCUGCCCGAGCCUGACUCGCUGCACCUCGAGGAAGCGUCGCCCCCGCUCAAGCCCAUCAAGGACUCGCAUGCUCCGAGGACUGACGUGGCAGCAGAAGAGUUCGUGCUGCAGUCCCUCGGCAUCUCCUUGAGCAUGUGCGAGGGCGACCCCACCAAGCGCAUCACCGCCGUCUAUGGCAGCGCGAGCGUCGCGGGUGUCCACGAGUGCGACGAGCUGCUGGCGAUCAACGGGACCGACGUGUCCAGCAGUGAAGUGAACGGCUUCGACUGCAUUGAGAUGUGCAGGCAGGCGGCGCGGGAGAGCAGCCAUGUCGAGCUUGUCAUCCGCGACUUCGUGACGAUGCAGGAGAGGCAGGUGGAAGUGGAGACGAGCGAGAGCUGCCCGGCGAUGCGACUUGUGCGCGAGAGGUUCGCGUCCCCUCGUCCUCCCGUAGGCUCUCGUCGCAACACGCCGAGCAAGAGUGACUUGCCGUACCUGGACAAGGACUGUGACCUCUACGGCAGCUCCUCCACCAACUCCAGCGAGCACGCUGCAGCAGAAAGAUCGAGUGAAGCAGACCCUGAGCGACUGGGCGGGAUCACGUGGAAGUUUCCCACCAUCUGGUCGUGGAAGUUCGCGCUGCUCGUGGUCAUCUCAAGCGUCUUGACGGUUCUUGUGUGCUCGCUGCUGGACAGCAAGCUCAUGGUUGAGUUCAUCGCGACUAUCGAUCGGCUGGAGGGUUGGCUGCAGAACAUCCCCCUCUGCUCCUGCACCUACUACAUCCGAGGCAGCACAGUCUCCGUCCCCCUCUGCAGAGCUUGCAAACCUAAGGUCCUGCGGUACCUUGACUACGACAGCAAUGUUGGGGUGGCAUUAGAGAGGAGGAAGCUUUGCGACGUGAGGCCCUUCUGGCUCAUGGGGAAGUGUCACGGCAGCACAGAGACGGUGAAGUACCUUGGGACCUUCGCGACGUACGACGAGUGCGAAGCCGCAUGCUUGAGUUACAACGUGGGGAAGUUCAAGUGUCGCUCCGUGACGUAUCACCUGCGGUCCUAUCACGACCGCAAGUUCCGUCAGACUUGUUUUGCCGUCCUUCACUCGGGUUGGUUCAAGGUCCGUCAGUUCGGCGUCUGCACCGGCCGAGUCUUCGGGCCUCUCCUACAGCUGCAGCGCAUGCUGCAGUGGUGCCGCCACCAGCUGAAUAAGCGCAUCCUAUUAGGAUGGUGGUAUGACGGUCAACCAUGGGAGGUCGGCAUGACGCUGGUGCUUGUCAUCUUCGGGCUGAGUGGAGUGCGACGAUCUCCUUCCGCGCACCUCACCGACGAGGAGCUUGAUCUGUAG